ACCGCUGCCUUCAUGAGCCGCUUUAUAAAGAGCUAUAUUUACCGAACUUUACGUUGUUUCCUGAGCUCUCACAAUUGGCCAGGCGCACUCGGACUGGAGGGUUAUAAGUUCGGAGGACCUCCUACCACUUUUAAACUUGUUCAUGUCUUCGGAGCGCAGCGGCGGAUAGGCGACACUGAGACAGGCGCACAGACUCCGGCGCGGCUGACGCUCGAACGCGACGCGACUUUGACAAGAGAUAGCUGUUAUUCCUCCCGACGAUGGCCUUGUCCGGAGUGAUGCUGCCGUCGUUUUCGACAUUCUCCAACCAGAGAGAAAAAACCUGGGAAAACAGGUGGAAAGGAGACAUGGAAAAACUAGUGUCCAGCAGCUGCUCGAUGCUUGAAAUGGUACACAACCUGGACAAUCACAGCAAAAAGGACGACGAGGAUCUGAGUAAUUAUUUGGAUCUGGAUUUUAUUCUCGCCAACACGACGAGCUCAGACAGCGUGGCGGAAUACGUGGGCACAGUGGAGCCCAGCAUGUACACGACUGGAAACUCGGUGCCCUCCUACCCGGCAGACGACCACCGCUCCCCGCCGCCCCCGUACGGCGCCAGCCUCAUGACGGAGCUGCUCCGCGCCGAAGGAAACAGCAACUACGGCGUUGCACGCAGUCCCAGCGUUCAGGGGAGGUUUUAUGUCAACACCGCUCCUUUUCCCCGCCCGGACAACAUCAAAGUGGAGCCCUCCAUGGACAGUUACGGUCCCAUUUUGGGCAUGGUGCCCCAGAGCUGUAGCAAAAUCAAGCAAGAAGGGAACGUUUCGUGCAUGAUGUCCUUCGAGCAGCCCCGAGUGGCCAUCUCCCCGCGGGCCGCCAGCAACAUGACGCCGCCGCUCAGCCCCGACGACCAGGCAGCUUCGGACUGCCAGGCGCAGCUGUGCCAGCCAAUGAGCUUCCCGCAGAAGUAUCACACGCCGGCGGCUUUCCCGCACCACCCUCAGGCCCCCCAGCUGCAGAUGGCUUACCACGCUCCGCACAGUGCCUUCGGCAUGUACGACGAAAGCCUCAGCCUGCAGCCGGGCGCGCAGAGGGUGAUGCUCACGCCGCCCUCGUCCCCCCUCGAGCUGCUGGACUCCAAGCCCAAGAGAGGACGGCGCACGUGGCCGCGGAAGCGCACGGCGACGCACACCUGCACCUUCGCCGGCUGCGGCAAAACCUACACCAAGAGCUCGCACCUGAAGGCACACCUCCGAACUCACACUGGUGAGAAGCCGUACCACUGCAGCUGGGAAGGCUGCGGGUGGAAAUUCGCCCGCUCCGACGAGCUGACCCGUCAUUUCCGCAAACACACCGGACACAGGCCCUUCCAGUGCCACCUGUGCGAGCGCGCCUUCUCCAGGUCUGACCACCUGGCACUUCACAUGAAGAGACACAUGUGAAGGAGCCCACACAAGGACUUGGGGUUCAUGGGGUGGGGAGGGUGCGGGGUGGGGGGAUGUGUUGUUUUUAUUUAAACUGUUCCACACAUGACCAAAGUCUUUUUAUAUAAUAUUGAAUUUAAAAAAGUUUUAGUGUUAUUAUUUUCUAAUAAUGUAGCUGGUACUACUUUGGUUCUAUAAAAGCUUUAGAAAAGCUUUGUUUGCUUUAGAGCAGGCAGACCAAGAAGGGGCUGGCCCUGUACAUACUACUCUUCCUUGACAGAACUGGAAUGCCGUGUUUGACACAAGUGCCUUUCUAUGACUGUGCUACUGUAAAACUCUUAGUGACGGAAAGACAAAAUAGUACAUGUUCUUGUUAACAGGAGUGAAAUGCACAUACAGUUGCCUAACAAGUGCAAAGACAAUGUUUUAUUUAAACUGCCUCAAUGUCUGAAUGGCCUGAACUGUUUCAUUCUAUUGCUUUUUCAUGUCUGAAGUUAUUGUUGUCUCCUCUGGUGUGAAAAACUCCUGGAUCCAGCCCCUCUGUACACUAUCAGGGCUUGAUGUCCUGUGCAUUAUUUUUUACUUAAAUUUAUAUGAAUAUGUAAAUGGAUUUUAUACUGUAAAAUGUGUAUUUAUUGUAAAUAUUAAAAUCAACC